AUGAGUUCUUUAACAAAAAGUGAAGUUUCAGAGUAUGAUAAUAUUCAUGCUGAUUGUAGUGAUUCUUAUUCUGUUCACAGCCAUGUUCAUAGUGAUCAGAAUCGUAGUCUAUGUAAAAGAAGUUUUUCAAAGAAGAUUAAUCUAACUAUUCACACUUGUGUUAAUAGCAAAAAGCAGAUUUUCCCUUGUUCUAUAUGUAAUCGGAAUUUUUCUCAGAAGGGUAGUCUAACUGCCCACACUCGAGUGCAUACAGGUGAGAAACCUUAUUUAUGUAGUGUAUGCAAUAGGAGUUUUUCGCAGAGAGGAGCUCUAACUCUCCACAGUCGUAGUGAACUAACUGCUCACAGUCGUGUUCAUACUAAAGAAAAAAAAUUUCCUUGUACUGUAUGUAAUCAGAGAUUUUCAUCGAAGAGUCAUCUAACUACUCACAUUCUGACUCAUACUGGUGAAAAACCUUAUGCCUGUAGUAUAUGUGAUAAAAGUUUUUCUCGAAAGGAACUUUUAACUAAUCACUUUCGUGUUCACACAGAUGAGAAACCUUAUUCAUGUAUUGUAUGUAACAAUACCUUUUUACGUAGAAAUUCUUUAAAUAAACACAGCUUUGUUCAUACUUGUUAG